AUGGAAACAAGAGAGGCAUCACCUACACAUUUUUUGAUCAAGAUUGAAUCAUUCUACAAGUCUGGGAUUGAUAAAUACGAAACUAAGGAAUUUGUGGCCGGUGAAUACAAAUGGAGACUAAUAAUCUACCCUAAUGGAGACAAAAUCGGAAAGGAUUGCAAUUAUGUUUCGGUAUAUUUGGCUAUGGCGGACGACACAAAUUCUCUCCCUGAAAGAUGGGAGGUUAAUGUUGUCUUCAACAUCUUCCUCUUUAAUCAAAUUGCAGCCAAUUAUCUUUGUUCACUAGGAAGAACAAGGCGUUUCCUAGCAAUGAAGGCUCAAUGGGGAUUUUCCAAAUUUAUCUCUAAAAAAGUUCUUUCUGAUACAUCAAACGGUUACCUAGUCGAUGACAACUGUGUGUUUGGUGCUGAAGUUUUUGUCCUGAACAGAGAACCUAACAUAGUUAAAAAACAAGAAUGUUUGUCUCUGAAGAAUGCCGCCAUUCCUUACAAACGCGAAUGGAAGAUUUCAGAAUUCUCUAAAUUGGGACAUGUUUGGAUGUCUGAAGAAUUUAGUGCUGCUGGGCAAAGAUGGACGAUUAGUCUUUACCCGAAAGGAAAUCUAAGAGGAGCUGGCAGCCACGUCAGCAUCUAUUUGCGCCUUGUUGGUUCUGAAAGAGUGCAAGCAGGUUUCACUGCAUUGAUAAAAAACCAGGUUAACGACGAUGAACAAGACAGACGAACGAGUAAGUCACAAUUGGAUAUUGUUUCAAACAUAAAGUAUUGA